CCCCAGGCGCGUGAGAGCUUCCUUUAAAAACAAAAAGGAAACGAAAGUCAGUUCCAGUUCCACUUAAAAUGGUUCCCAGUGUUAUGUUACGCUGCGUACUUUGUCAAAGGGGCGCAGAGACGGAAGUCACCGGGGCACUGUUGACCAAAGGCGAUGUCACAGCUCACCAGAACUGCUUGUUGUUCUCUUCAGAUAUUUACUGCACGGAUUCACCCCUCUUUGACAACCUCUUCGGCUUUUCUGUGGAGGACGUGAUGGGCGAGGUGAAACGCGGAAGCAAAUUGCUCUGUGCCAAAUGCAAGAAAAAAGGUGCCACGGCCGGCUGUGAGGUGAACACUUGCAGCAAAUGCUACCACUACCCGUGCGCUAUCGAGGACGUGGCGGAAACGGUUGUGGACAGCGCCAAAGGCGAAUAUAUGCUGUUCUGCUUCAAACACAAGGAAAAGCAACAACAGAGUAAAAAAGGCGGUUCAUCAAAUGAAGGCGACCUUGUCGGGUCUGCGUCCGCCGCUCAAUCGUCUUCUCCAUCCAAGAGACGCUCGAUGCUCCCUGACAUGAAAAAAUCAACAAGUUGUACAAAGUCCAACAAAGCUCCACCAGGGCAACAGAUGAUGGACGAGAGCAGAGAUGAAGACCUCGUCCACUCUGACGCAGAGUCCGAAAUUCUGCUCUCUCCUGAGAUGCCAUCGCACGCGGCGGCAGAGGGGACGGAUGGGAAACGCACAGAGCGUGGCUUGGACGCCGCCAUCUUCUGGAGCCGCUGCAACACGGCAGGCUGCACGGACGCCAUUUUCAGCGACUUCCUGAACAACAUGAAGGACGUCUCCCUGCGGAUCCGGCGAGGCCACGCCAGCCCCGAAGAUUACGACGUCGCGCUCAAAGUUCUGAUGGCUUCUGGGAAAAUGAUGCAGCUGCUGAGCAAACAGAGCAAAGGUGACGUCAGAAACGUACACGUGAAAGUUGCGAUAGCUGGAGCAGAAACACAAGGCGAUGCAGGAGGUUGUGUCUUUGCUGAGAAGAUAAGAGAACCACUUUCCAGUCCCACCGAUCUCAUUUGAAGCAUUUGACAUUUUCUUCCAUUUCUAUCAUCAUCUGAACUGAACUAUUGAUUUGAACGGAACAGCCAUCUGAAGCGGUCUAUUCACUUGUUACUUCCAGGUCUGGACUACCUCACUCACUGAUCCCAGUCCAGAAACCAUUUCAUCUCACUUGAAAACUAACGCUGCAAAUGUCUUAGGACUCGCCCCAAAAAAAGAACAGACUGGUUUGAGGAAGGUGGCACGGUGUGUGACUGGUUAGCACAUCUGCCUCACAGCGCCGAGGACCGGGAUUCAAAUCUCGGCCCGCCUGUGUGGAGUUUGCAUGUUCUCCCCGUCCGUGCCUCCGUGGGUUUUCUCCGGGCACUCCGGUUUCCUCCCACGUCCCCUAAACGUGCAUGAAUUGAAGACUCUAAAUUGACCGUGAGUGCGAUUGGCUGGCGACCAGUUCUGGGUGUACCCGGCCUCUCGCCCGAAGCUAGCUGAAGAACGGAAGAUGAAUGAAUGGUUUGCGGAAAACAACAGGACUUUGUGUUUGGAACUCAUUUCUCUUUUCUGCCACAAAAUCUUCUGCAUAACACAUCCUCCAUUUCACACAAAAAUAUACAUGGGUGGAGACAGGUACUCAAAAUUUGCGUUGCGUGUGCUUAAAAUCUGGUGAAUUUAUGUAAUUUCCCCCUUUUUUUUUUUCUUCCUUUAAAUGACCUGAAUAUCUUCGUUUAGCGCAUUUUAAUCAUGUGCAAACAAUGUACAUAUUAGAAUGAAGUAAAUUCAGAGCAGUUUUUCUCAGUGUGCGACAAGCUCCCAGUGACCUGUGGUGAGGUGGGUGGCCGCUGAGGCAUUUAUAUUUGGGUCACAUUUGCAUGUGUGUGUAAGUAUAGCCUCCUUUUAUACCCAAUCAUGACACUCACCUGUUUCUCAUUAACCUGUUCACCCAUGGAAUGUUCCAAACAGGUGAUUUAUUUAUUUUUUUUUGUGUGUGUGUGUGUGUUUGUUUUAAACAUUCCUCAACUUUUCCAGUUGUUUGGUUGCCCAAAAUGACAAGAAUAUUUGCACAAAAAUGUUUUACAAAAAAUAAUGUUUGGAGAUGACAUAUAUUGUAUUUGUAGUGUAUUCAAUUGAAUAUAUGUUGACAAUGAUGAGCAAAUCAUUGUAUUCUGUUUUUGUUUACGUUUUACACAAUGUCCCAACUUCACUGGAAUUGGGGUUUGCACUAUAAACAUUGAAUAACCACUUUCACUUUGCCA